AUCUGGUAAAGACGGAGCCCCGAAGGAGUACUACACCCUGGAAUGUCUGCUAUUUCUUCUGAAGAAUGUUCAGCUCACACAUCCGGUGUACGUCCGUCAGGCAGCAGCGGAGAAUAUUCCCCCAGUGCGAAGGCCAGACAGAAAGGAUCUGCUGGCUUAUCUCAAUGGCGAGACCUCGACAUCUCUGGCAAUCGACAAAUCCGCUCCCCUGGAGAUUCCCAGCCAGGUAAAACGAUCAGCCGAUGAUGUUCCAGAGCAUCCAAUCUCGAAGAAGCCAAAAUACGAGGAGACUGAUGUGCAAAAAGUGAAAGAGCAAUUGGCAGCGAGACUAGACGCCCCCAAAGAGUCCUCAGUGACAGUUGACAAUAUAAAAUCCCUCUCGGAGGCGAUGUCAGUGGAGAAAAUAGCCGCCAUAAAAGCCAAAAGAUUAGCAAAAAAACGUACGACAAUAAAGGAGAACGACGAUCUUGAAAAUGGAACAGAUCUGCGAGUGAUUUUAGCUGACGACACGAUUGUAUCACGAGAGAGACAGUGGAGAACGAGAGAUACGAUUCUCCUGAGCAGUGGAAAGACAUUCGGUAAAAAUGUCUUUGCAAUUUUGCAGAGUCUGAAAGUGAGGGAGGAGGGGAGAAGGCAUCCACCAACGGACAAGCCGAGAUCAGCGCCCCUGAGGCAAUUACCACAGCCCACAGUCUACAGCAGAUACGAUCAAGAACGUUUUGUUCGUCAGAAGGAGGAAACUGAGGGUUUCAAGAUCGAUACACUUGGGACUUACCAUGGAAUGACAUUAAAAUCAGUGACAGAGGGCAGCAAACCUCAGACCAAGAAGGAACCAACUCAGAACCCUCCAACACAAUCGGGAUUGCUACCAGUCUCUGCUGCCAAGGCCUCUCUACAAGCUGUACAGAAGAAGAGGCCCAGCAAAACACCCAUCAUCGUUGUACCCAGUGGCAAUACCUCUCUCAUCACCAUGUACAACGCCAAGGACAUCCUCCAGGACCUCAAGUUCAUUCCUAGCGAAGAGAAAUGCGCUGCUGGCUGCAAACGAGAGAGUGAAAUGCUUAUUCAGAGGAGGAAGGAUGGCGGACUCACUGUGCCUUACAGGAUCAUUGAUAAUCCUAGUAAAUUGACCACUGACGAUUGGGACAGGGUUGUUGCUGUUUUCGUGAUGGGACCAGCCUGGCAGUUCAAGGGGUGGCCCUAUGGGGGAAAUCCUGUCGAGAUAUUCUCGAAAAUUUGUGCCUUUCAUUUAAAGUACGACGAGAUGAGACUCGAUGCUAACGUCGCCAGGUGGGCUGUCACCACCAUUGAACUUAAUCGAGCUAGGAGACAUCUCGACAGGGCGAAUCUCAUGAGGUUCUGGGAGAUCUUGGAUAAACAUAUCUUGAAGAACAAACCUACCCUGCGUUUUUAAUCCAAAGAUGAGAUUAUGCUCGUGAAACUUGUAUUUAAGGAUGUCGACGAAUGAUUAAUUCUUGUACUAAUUGGUUGUCGAAAGUAUAGGACUGUUGAUGAAGGCAUUUCUACUGGUGUUUUAUCAGCGAUUUGUGUAUCUUGGGAAGGCACGAUUCCCAGCUAGGAUAAUGAUAAACAUUGACAAUCAGAGAUAUUAUUUUACAAAGUUUGAGUGAAAGAAUAAAGACCAGUUAGAAGAC